CGUGGAUUGUACGGUACUCCAACGAUCACAGCAGCCAACAACGUACUUUGAGAAAGCAUGGAGGAAGUGAACGGCCAACGCGUAUUUGACUUGUUGCUGGACGCGGUCGAAGACGGGAACGUUGGUGACAUGCUGGCGUGGAUGCCACGUUGCGAUGACAUCAACCAACGAGAUGAUGACGGAUGGAGUCUACUUCACAUUGCAUGCCAGGGCGGCGACGACGACGUCGUGCUCACGUUGCUCUUGGCAAAUGCCAAUGUCGAAGCCACAUUAAAGGAUGGCCGAACGGCGUUGGCCGUGGCCUGCCGGUGUGGUCACAUGUCGAUAGUCCAACUACUGCUGAAGCAUUUCGCUGCCAUCAAGCCAGUCAGUCCGACCAGCGAGUCGCCCUUGUGUGCAGCAACUUUCCCCGGACAUACGGACAUUGUGUACGAGUUAUUGCAGCACCUGGACGACUCAAACGUAGACCUUUUGGAUGAGCCACUGAUCUUGGCGUGCAAGCUGGGUCAUGACGACAUUCUCCAACUGUUUUUAGCCCGUGGCGCCAACGUGAACUAUGCCACAGAGAUGGGCGCGACCGCACUGCACAUGGCAAGUCAAAAAGGGUUUGUGGGCAUUGUGGCCCGAUUAUUGGAUUACGGGGCGGACCCCCACACCCCCCUGAAAGCUUGUGGGGCCACGGCGUUGGUACUGGCAGCGCAAUUCGGACAUGUCUCUGUGGUGCAAAUGCUGCUGCCUACUCUUACACACGACCAGUCAUCUUGUCAUGCGGCCAUCGGGGAUGCGAUGUACGUGGCGUGCCACUAUGGCCACUACGACAUUGUCCAAGUGUUGGUCCAAUCCCGUGGGGAUGAGUUUCGAAACUACCACCGCCCGUUGUAUGCAGCGUCGUUUAUGGGGCAUGUGGACAUUGCACAUUUUUUGGUACGCCAUGGCGCGGAUGUGAAUGCCACGUCACAGGAGGAUGGAGCGACGCCGUUGUUUGCUGCGUGUCAGAAUGGACAUGUCCGAGUCGCGCGGUUUCUGGUCGACAAGGGCGAGGCAUCGGUGGAUUUGCCACGCUUGGACGGCACGACGCCAUUGCAUGUGGCGUGUCAAGAAGGACAUGCGGAAGUGGUGGCAUUGCUCUUGGCCAACACGACAAACGUCAACGUCGCCCAAGAGGAUGGCAACUCGCCUCUGGGCGCGGCGAGCCACUUUGGCCACGUUCCAAUUGUGCACCAACUGCUUGCAAACGCAGCCAACGUCCACCACUCGAACGCUUUGGGCAAGUCGCCGCUCUUGAUCGCGAGUGAAAUGGGUCGCCUGGACGUCGUUCGGGUUUUGCUGCCAGUAGCCCAAGUCGAUCAAAUAGAUCAUACGGGUCGAAGCGCACUGCACAGCGCUGCAGAGUUGGACUACCCCCAUGUCGUAGCCGAAUUGGUGGCUGCAAAUGCAAAUGUACAACUACGGGACAUGGCGGGUCGAACGCCGCUGGAUUUGGCCAUGCGAUGCAACAACACGACGGUGGUGGAAGUGAUGCGCGAAUGCUUGGCUGCUGACGAGGCCCUGGCUACGAUUCUCCGGGAGGGUUUGUCGUGGAACCAUCGAUUUCAGAAUGGGAAAAGUGUGUUGAUAUUGGCGGCGCGGCGCGGAAGAGUCGACAUUGCCCAAGCCGCCAUCGCCCACGGCUGCGACGUCAACCUCCACGACUUUGCACACAACACGGCGCUGUUAUGGGCCGCGCGCAAUGGCCAUCUGAAUAUGGUCGAUCUGUUAACGACCUGUCGUCCCGACUGCGAUUUGAACUCCCGUGGCUAUAUGAACUGGACACCUCUUCAAUGGGCGCUGCACAACAAACACUUUCACGUUGCCCAUAUCCUCGUUGGUCGUGGCUGUUCGUGGCUACUGCCUUGGCAGGGCAAAUUGCUUUUGGAAGUCCUCGCGCCGGUGCUGUCAGAACACGUGGCGUUGCGGAUGGUGCUGCGCGACUUGCCCAUUUGCGUCGUCGAUGGCCAUGUGGUCGAACGGCCAGGCCAUUCGUAUUCGUGGGCGACGUUCUUGGACCCGAACCUACCUGUGCGAUCAACAGUUCGAGCGAACGUGGUGCAGGCUGUGCUGCAGCAUCCGAGCUGGACGACGGGCGCGACCCACGUCGCAGACGUGUACAAGGCGCUUCAGAACGCUAAAGAUCGACACGGCAGACGGGCGCUGCAGCUGUCGGACGGGUCCACCCGCAGCCUCUUCAAGCACUUGCUCUACUUUUGCGCCCGGUACGAGAUUUUUGAUGGCCCCCCGGUCUACGUCGGACCCAAGGUGGUGGUGGUGCAUGCAUUUGAUCAUGGCAUCUGCCACCAAGUGUUUGACAUGAACACAACCGACCUGGGCGUGCUGGAUCUCAGCGGUUUCAUUGCCGCCAAUCAAAUGCUGGGUCAAUGGUCAGCAGAACGGCACAGUGCCCAUCGAAAGACCGAAAAUGACUUGGCGAAAUGGAACCACGCAUUUGGGCACUGGGACAAGGACAAGAAUGGACAAUUGAAUCUAAACGAAUUCCUCGGCUACUGCGACCACAUUUGCGGCGGCCAGCUCAAAGUGGCCAUGAAGUUCAUGGCAUCGCAUGCGGAUUACAUGCGGGAGGUGCGCUGUCGGCGCUUGGUGCACAAGCCGGUGGUGUUGGAGCUGUUGCCGGCGCUAGACCCGUCGGUGUUUCGAGACGGCGUCGCCAAUUUGCACCUCACUUGUCAAGGACACACGACGAUUGCGAUGGCGCCGUACGAAAACGUGCUCGUGUUGCCUGCCGCCGACCGAAGUUUGGAUGACAUUUGGACCAAAGAACACCCGAGUGACCACCAAAUGCGGAGUUAUUUGCUGGACGUGGCGACAGGACUGCAACAUUUGCACGAGUGCAACGUCGUCCACGGCGAUCUCAAGGCAUCCAAUGUCCUCCGAGUCCACAACCAGCUGAAACUGAUCGGGUUGGACGCUGCCAGGUCCGUUGGGCAGAUGAUGGGGUCCAAGUUUACCUCUGGCAUCCUUCCUCCAGAGUUGUUCUACAAGCUAAACACCCCCGAGGAAGAAGCGAUGCACGAUGCGUAUUGGCGGGGGGGGGGUGCCGCCAUGACAUGUCGAUCCUGGGCCAAGAUCAAACCCAGGGGGGGGGUCGUUGUACGCGUUGGCCACUCGCACGAGAAGAGUCCGAACGCGGGAUUGCCGUACGAAGUGGCGACCGCCGCCACGGCCAUCGACGCGUGGGCGCUGGGGUGCCUUGUGUACCAAAUGUACAGUGGCAUGGAACUCGUGGCCACAGAUAACUACCAAGACGUUGUGGUUGAUCGCAUGCUCUCCGCGGCUUCAUGGACCGACGACGCACUGCGACAGCGUGUGCACAGUCACGUGCACGACGACCUGGCGCAGGAUAUGGUGCUCAAGUUGCUCGUCGUGACCCCUAGCGCCCGGGCGACCAUGGAGGCGGUGGUGAGUCAUCCGUACUUUGCCGGUCGAUCGUCGUCCGCCAUCUCGUGUGUCACCGCCGUCGUGCAAAGUCAAGUGAACCUGAUGGCGCGUCUGGACAAACUGUCGGUGGCGCUGGAGGACCAAGCGACAACGAUAGACCGACGGUCGAGGCACGUGUUGAGCAAGGUAGAGUCGACGACAAUGAACUUAGUGACGGCGAUGUUUGCUGCCGCGGACGAUACGAAGGACAUGCCGUCUGCGUUUGUGCUGCUCCCGUGCAAACUCGAGACGCUGGCGACCCCCGCCAGUGAAGAAAUCCACUCGUUUGUGAGAAACCUAUGUGGGAUACUCGACCAGAUCGUCGACGCAUUGGCGGCAGAGGCGCCGGUGGCACCCCUCGUCGCUGCGCUUACACAUGGCGAGCCGCGGUACUUGUAUUUGGUGGACGAACGCUCGGGCCAGCUUGUCCUUCCCCCAGAGGAGGAUGACCACAAGCACGUGUAUCCAAUCCUGCUGUCGACUGAAUCCACGGAAAACUACAUGGACUUUGUCGCAGUUACGUUGCCGUGCAUUCAACGCGGCCUAGGGUUGUUGCAAAAGGGCAAUUGGUUGGCGCACGGAUUUGACAAGUCAGAAUCCGUCGACAAGGCAUCGUUAGACGUUGGCAAAGCACAUGCGCGGACGGCGGCAGUGCGAGCACUUCACGAAGUUUUACGCAAAUUUGACCCAGAGAGGACGUUUGCCGGCUUGGAGCGUGUCGUCCUCGAGGAUGGAGCGAUCAUUUGGACCAAGCAACCAAAGCAGCAAAACGCCGUUUCAAUGGCAUAACACAGGAUAGCACCAUAGAAAGGCUCUUCGGUCGUUUGUGUUUAGAAUUGGACGGCAAUGCAUUGAGAACCAAGGGUUGGCGUCUCGAUGUAAAAUCGAGCUUGUGAUCGUACCUAACGUUGUAAAACCAACUUGCGUCGAA